AUGGGAUUACUAUUUACGAUUUGCAUUGAUCCAAUCCAAACAAAUAUUGGCAUAUCUGCUUCCUAUUUACCAGUUCAAUCAUGGUACUUUACAUCUAUACCUAUCCCAAGUUUCCUUUCUGGAUACAAUGUACUUAAAAAUAUAGAUGGAAAGCGUUUUCUCAUUGUGCUUGAUGAUUUGUGUUAUGAGGAUCUUGAGAAGUUCAGAAGUUUUGGAGAAUUGUUAAGAUAUGGGGCAGAGGGUAGUAGAGUAAUUGUGACAACUCAGACUGAAGAGGUUGCUCAAAGUCUUAUGGUUGAAGUGUUGGGUGGUCAUGAAUUGGAUUAUGAAGAUGAGAAGAUGAUUUACCACUUGGGUUGUCUUGAUGAAAAAGCCUCUUUUGCUCUGCUAAAAAGUAGUAUUCAGUUAAGCCAAAGGCAAGGUGUAGAUGAGAAUUUGAAUGAGGUUUUGAACAAGUGUGGAGGAAAACCUCUAGCUAUAAGAACGAUAGGGAGCAUGCUGUACUUGGAGAAUUUGGGAACUGAGUGGCAGAACACAUUUGACAUAUGGGAAAAGCAGAAAAAAACCAAAGAAAGAGAGAACGCUUUGAGGGUGAUUAAAUCGAACUAUGAACACUCUCCAGCAUACUUGAAACCUUGUUUUGUUUAUUGUAGUUUGUUCCCAAAGAAUUAUGAGUUUGAUGUGCCAACACUCGUAAAGCUUUGGAUAUCUCAAGGGUUUGUAGCUUGUUUAAGUGAGGAUGAUUGUCCGGAAGAUGUGGCUGAUAAGUAUGUUAUGGAGUUACAAGAAAGGUUGUUCUUUGAAGAGGUUAAAAGAGACGAGUGGGGAGCUUUAAGGAGCUGCAAAAUGCAGAGCUUAAUGUAUGAUCUUGCUAAGGAGAUAGCAGGGGUGGAGUGUGCUUCAUUGAGAUUGGAAGAAGAGAAAAAUAUUCUAGAGAAAACUCAUCAUGUGUUGUUUGACUUUCACUUGGAUUCACCAUGGCAACUUCCAGAUGCCUUGUACAAAGCGAAAAGGAUUCGAACAAUCAUAUUGCAUAGUCAGCUGCAGUGGCAGAUUGAAGGGAGAUCAGGCACAUCGAUUUGCGACACGAUUGUUUUGAAUUUUAAGUUCUUACGCACCUUGGAUCUUCACAAUUCGGGGAUCAAAGUAGUGUCUAAUAACAUUGGCAAGUUGAAGAAUUUGAAGUACCUUAUUUCUCCCUAA